CAAGCCGGGUUCGUUAACAGAUCAGGGCGUACGGGGUUAAGCAGGAGAAUGGUCAGACAAGCCAGGGAUCAGAACAGGAGACGGACAGCAAAUCAGGGUCAGGCAGGGUCGGCAACAAAACAAUCUACUAAUCAGGAACUUCAGGAGAAACAGGUACAGGGGCUCAUGGGAACAAUACACCAAGGCCCUGACUGCAGGCCUGGCCAAUCCUUAAAUACACCUCCUGCAAUCAGCCUCAGGUGAUGGCUUGAUUGCAGGAGUGAGCUUCUGGAUGCUGAGAGCACCCGCUGGCCAGCCCUGGUACUGCAGCCCACAAGGCAGGUGAGUCCCACCACCAUUGGCAAGUCCAUUCCUGACACU